AUGAAUAUAUACAGGAGAUCAGAGGAUUUCUUUUAUAUUUUUCUUAUAAAUAUCUAUUUUUAUCGGCUUUUUUUGACUAGUUUUCAUAGAAUAGCAAUAGCUAAUAGUUUUGAUGAAUAUAGAUUUAGUGUAAAAUCUACUAUGAAAGAUUAUAAUUGGAGGAGAUGGGUGAAAAGCAGGAUAUCUUUUUUUUCUGGGGAAAAAAGGGAUUUGGAAUUGGAUGAGAUGAUCGUUUUUUCAGCUUUAAAAGCAGGCGUAAAAAGAAUAAAUAGCUAUAAAUAA